AUGGAUGGAGUGGUGAACAGUGGUCUCAAUGAGCGUCAAUUAAGGCUUAUCUACUUCCCUGACCCCACUUUCCACGCUUUCAAAGAGGGCGCCAGAGUUGUGUAUAUCGAGGAACCGGUGCUUAAGAUCGACGGCAAAGACUUGCGCAUCGAUUACCCGAUCGACAUCCGGGUCAGUGAACACCACAUUUACUGCAAUCUCACCGAAAGUAAGACAUUUGACGCCAUUUACUGUAAAAUUGAACAAAACGAAAAGAUAUGGCAAGUGGACGGCAAUGAGCACCGGGUGCUUAUCAGAGUCGGCAAAAUUAAUUUUAGUCCAGGAAACAUGACGUUCGCCAACAAACCGGCUAUUUUAAGCCUGGGCUCAAUACUGCUCAUCAUAUCCCUCCCCAUACUAUUGAUUAUAGCAAUAGUGGCUCUCAUUUACUAUUACGGACAGAAGAAAGGCAUAUCACUAUUCGGGAUCAAACCACCCAUUGAUCAGUUUGGUGUCAAUUAUACCAACCGAUCCAUUAGUCAGGACCCCAGCGAGAGGCCUCCCUAUGUCUCCCAGUCCUCAUCCAAU